UCGUUUCCUCUCUCUCUUUCAUUUUCCCCUCCACCACCUUCUGUCUUAUCCUCCAAAAAAAAAAACAGAAACCAGGAAACAGAGAACGACAAAACCAGUUCAGUUAUUAGGCUUUCCGUUUAAUUUUUCCCUGCGAAAAUGGAGAAAACCGGUAGCUUCUCGCGGAACACUACCGAAUCGGAUGGUCAAAAGCAUAAACACCAUUGCGAAGAAACCGAUUCAGGAGACAACAUUCGAUCUCCGAAAUCUCCGUACCCGGCGACGAAUUCCUCUUUCGCCGACAGCCUCCGUCGGGAAAUGGAGCCCGUCGACGGUUUCAUAGAGACCCUUUACUCGUCUGACGCGGCGGAGCAUCCACCGGAGGAGAUUCCCGCGGCGGUGGAGUCGUUUCCGGAGACGGUGGAUUCGUUGGUGUCGAAGAUGGAGUCUUCUGGGUUCGGCCGUGACGAAGACGACGACUCUGUUUUCAUCGAGGCCCUGAACCGGAUCUCAAAAUCGGUUAUCAGGUUGCGCGAGCUAAACCGGUCCGAUUCGACCGGGGUUUCGUCGUGGCUAAACCGGGCGAGCUCCGUUCAGCACCGAGCGGUCUCCUUUCUCGACGACGAGUUCCGUCGUCUCUUGGAAGGAUAUCAGAAAAAUUCAGAUGCAAACAUCAACUCAGAUCGCCAGAAUGAGAAAGGAACACCAAAAUCUCACAAACAAGGCUCGUUCAACUCGGUUAACUCGGUCCACGAAUCGGACCGGUGCGUCUUACCGGACCGAGAUCCGACUCAACCGGAGGAGGAUGAGGACCGGUUCCCGGAUUUUCCGCCGGAGACGAUCUCCGCCAUGAACAAGAUCGCCGGAGCAAUGAUCUCGGCGGGGUACGAAGCGGAAUCUUGCUUGUUGUACGAGAUCUCGAGGCGCCACGCCUUCAAGGACGAGUUGGGAAAGCUAGGGUUCGAAGGCAUAAACGUCGAAGACGUUCAGAAGAUGACGUGGGAGACACUCGAGACUGAAAUCGCCACGUGGAUCUCGAUGGUCCGCCAUUGCUCCACCGUGCUCUUCCCCGGGGAACGUAAGCUCUGCGACGCCGUCUUCGCCUCCUCCCCUACCGUCCCGAAACGUCUAUUCACCGACCUCGUAUCUGCCGUGACGAUCCGAUUCCUCGAUUUUUCCGGUGCCGUUGUCCUCACGAAACGUUCCUCGGAGAAACUCUUCAAGCUCUUGGACAUGUACGAGACAUUGCGGGAUCUGGUGCCGGCCAUGGACGACUCGGCCUCUGAUCUGAUCAACGAGAUAAAUCUCGCACAAUCUCGGCUCGGGGAAGCAGUGGUAAGUAUAUUCUCCGAGCUCGAGAACUCGAUAAAGAGCGACAACGGAAGAACGCCGGUGCCUAGCGGCACGGUCCAUCCCUUAACCCGAUACACCAUGAACUACCUGAAAUAUGCCUGCGAGUACAAAGAAACCCUAGAACAGGUCUUCGAACAUCACGAGAAAACAUUAUCCGACCAAACCGAUCCCAAACCCGAACCCGACGAGACCAAACCCAACAACGACAAUCAUCAAGAUCCGGACAACGGAGACGCCGAAACAUCUCCUUUCGCGAAGCGGAUGAUGAGAGUACUCGACAUCCUCGACGCAAACCUAGACAUGAAAUCUAAACUCUACCGUGAUCUGUCGCUUCGUUACAUAUUCCUGAUGAACAACGGGCGGUACAUUCUUCAAAAGAUCAAAGGAUCGCAAGAGAUUCGCGAUCUAAUGGGCGCAUCCCGGAUCCGGAAAUGUUCGUCGGAGCUGAGGCAAUACCACAAGAGCUACCAGAGAGAGACGUGGGGAAAGGUCCUGCAGUGUAUGAACCAAGAAGGCAUCCAAGUGAACGGAAAGAUAUCGAAACUCGUCCUCAAGGAGAGAUUCAAGUGUUUCAACGUUCUUUUCGACGAGAUCCACAAGACGCAGAGCACGUGGAUCGUGAGCGACGAGCAGAUGCAGUCCGAGCUUCGGGUUUCGAUUUCGGCCGUGGUGAUCCCCGCUUACAGAUCGUUCCUCGGAAGGUUUAAGCAGCAUCUCGACACCGGAAAACAGGCGAGCAAGUACAUAAAGUAUCAGCCCGAAGAUAUCGAAGCCAUGAUCGAGGAGUUGUUCGACGGGAAUCCGAAUUCGAUGGUUAGGAGAAGGAACUGAAAGGGUUCGAUUCAGAGUUUGUGAUCCAAGGUUUAUGUUUUGAGGAUUGUCUGUUUGGGUUCGAAUCUGUUUUUGAAAUGACAUGUUUCUUUUUUGGGUUUGGUAACGUAGAAUCAAUCGAACACUCGAAAAUCUUUGUCGAACAUUUUUCUCUUUGAAAUUGUUUUGUAUGUGUAUGCCGUCUCAUAAAUAU